GGUUUUUCAGAGCUGAUGUAUUUUUUAAACAUAUGUAGUCCAAUAUGUGUGUGUGACUACGUGAUAUACAGAUAAGCAUGUACAGGCAUUGCUGGAUCAACAGGAAAACGUGGAAGCUAUUUUCCUGUUUCUGAGAAAAGCUGAAUCUCUAAGAGUACGGAUGUUUGCAGAGUUAUGCCACAAACCAAAGCGGUUGCAUGAACAGUGAAUUGAUGAGACCAGAAUUAAGGCGCUGAAGGCAGAAUUAACUAAGGUGCUAAAUUGAAGUUGAAACAGCUUACUAACACGUUUAAUCGUAUAUAUACAUGAUAUCUUUAGUACAGAAUACGUUGCAGUCAUAAUUUGCUGUAUAAGUUGUAGAAUGAAUAAAUGCAUUAUAAUCAUAUCCUGCAUUGUGCAACUAGCUGUUGUUGUUGUUGUGGCAGAUGACCCACCAGGUCACAUGCAACCCAUUGGUUCACACAUGCCACCCAUGCCUAUAGAGGAAAGGGACGAUCUCCCAAACCCGACCGAGUUUUACGAUAAUUACGUCACACCUGGAAAACCAGUGGUGUUCAAAGGAGUGGUAAAAAAGUUUCCCAAUUUCAACAACUUGAGAAACGAUUCUUACUUGAGAGAUCUGUAUGGAGAUACAACAUUCAAUACAGACAAGCUUAAAGAAGAAGUAAUAGAUAAACCAUUCCCAAUGAAAAUGUAUGAAUUCUUGUCAGUUUAUGAGAAAGAAGACGUUUACCUUAUAGAUCCGUUAUCUGAUGGCCCAUUUGCAAAUACUGAAGUGUUCGUCCCUAAACCAUUGCUGUGUGAAAAAGUAUUAAAUAUGAUUGUGAUCUGGUUUUCAUCUGGAAAUUCCAAAUCACUUCUACAUAAUGAUGCUUACGACAACCUGAAUUGCCUCUAUGAUGGAAGUAAAGACCUGCUACUUAUAGAUCAAAAAUACGAGGAUAGUCUGCCCCUAGAUGUCUUACCUGAUCAAGUUAGUAACAUGAGCAGUUUGGAUGUUGAAAAGGUUGAUAUGUACAAAUAUGGAAAGCUUUCAAACAUACCGUGGUAUGGAACAACUAUCGAGGCUGGAGACUGUUUUUACAUUCCAAUUAAGUGGUUUCACCAACUAAAAGGACCAAAGGGUAGAAACUUAGCGAUCAACUAUUGGUUAAAUAUGAAAAAUGACCCGAUACAUCGAGAAGAUUGCGUUGGAAUAUUUUUUCCAGAAUACAAAACGUAUUCUCAAUAUCGCACGGAUCCUGUUGCGAGCCUUGAAAAUAAAAUCCUUUUUAACGCAUUCAACGGGUCAUCCAAUACAACAAAGAGAAAUUUGAUAAGUGCAGUAAUUGCUCUUUUUCCCGACAACCUUGAACAAUAUGAUAAAAUUGAUCAUCUUAAGCAAGCACAAAGAUACUUCCACUUGCUGGACACGAAUGGAGACGAUGUGUUAACCAUUCAAGAAGUUAAAUCUUUCAAGGAAAGUGGGGCAGGCAGUGAAAACUUCUUUCCAUCUCUUAGCAUAAAAGACGAGUUAUAACAAGCUAUAACCAACAUAAAGAAUUCCUUUUCACCUGUUAGCAUCCAAAAAUGACACUAUAUGAAAUAGUGCAGCAAGUAAAUAGCGCCAUAUUAUCCCGCAGUUGCAAUACUGUAUAACACAAAUAUACUGCAAUGCAAAAAAAUUUAUAAUAUAGAUUUGAAACACAACAAACCCAAGCAGUAAACAUAUAGCUCAUUAUGUGCGGAAGCUAAACUUAAGAAGACUUCUUUGGUCUUGAGAUUUUCCUUGUUUUUUUCUUUUACCGUUGUAUAAUUUUCUUUAAAAAAAGGCGCGCGUUUUUGCUAAAUAAUAAUUUUCAAAAAAUGCAAAAAGUGCUUUCGUCAAAUUUAAGCUGGAAUUUCGCUAUAGAAAUAAAAGUAAACGUUUAUGUUUAUGUACCUAAUAGCUUUGUUAAAACGGGGGUUCCGUUUCAUAAACUAUGUGCUUGCUUA